CACAGGUAUCUCCCGGACUGCGAGCCGCUUCAACAUCAUGGCCUUGACAGCAGCAACCUUGUUCAGGUGUGGUGGUUACUACCCGUCGUGUAAACCAAAUGCUCCUGCAGGUGGAUACAGGCCACCAACAAAAGCAGCAGCAGCUGCUGCUGUUGCUGGCAAUGGCAAUGGCGUCCUAGCGAUUAACCGCAGCAGCAGGAGUACGGCUACAGCGAGUAGAGAGUCUAUGGCUGGACGCCGGCAAGAGAUGGACAUCGUGGACGAGGAGGAGGAAUGGCGGAGCUACCUGGCGCCGGAGAGGCUGGAGGUGCUGAGGGAGAUUGAGCCGUGGGUGGAGGAGAACGUGUUGCCGCUGCUCAAGCCGGUGGAGGCGUCGUGGCAGCCGUCCGACCUGCUGCCGGACCCCGCGGCACUGGGCAGCGACGGUUUCCACGCCGCGUGCCUUGAGCUCCGCAAGCGGGCGGCGGGUGUGCCCGACGAGCUCCUCGUGUGCCUCGUGGCGAACAUGGUCACGGAGGAGGCGCUGCCCAUGUACCCGAGCGGGCUGAACCGCCUCGAGGUCGUGCGGGACACCACGGGCGCCGACGCCACGGCGUGGGCGCGCUGGAUCCGCGGGUGGUCCGCCGAGGAGAACCGCCACGGCGACGUGCUCAACCGCUACAUGCACCUCUCCGGCCGCUUCGACAUGCGCGAGGUGGAGCGCACCGUGCAGCGCCUCAUCCGCGACGGGAUGACCGUGCACGCGCCGGCCAGCCCGUUCCACGGCUUCGCCUACGUUGCCUUCCAGGAGCGCGCCACAGCGAUCGCGCACGGCAACACGGCGCGCCUCGUGGGAGCGCGCGGGGCCGGGGACGCCGCGCUCGCACGCAUCUGCGGCACCGUCGCCGCAGACGAGAAGCGGCACGAGGCGGCCUACACACGCAUCAUGGGGAAGCUCUUCGAGGCCGACCCGGACGCUGCCGUGCGCGCGAUGGCGUACAUGAUGCGGCGCAGGAUCGACAUGCCGACCGCCUUCAUCAACGACGGCCGCCACAGCAGCGGUGACUUCUACGCUCGCUUCAUCGCCAUCGCCGAGAAGGCCGGAACGUACACGUUGUCCGACUACCGCUGCAUCCUCGAGCACCUGAUGCGGCAGUGGCGCGUGGAGGAGCUCACGGCAGGGCUCUCCAGCGACGGGAGGCACGCGCAGGAUUACCUGUGCGCGCUGCCCCACAAGAUCAAGAGGAUGGAGGAGAAGGCCCACGAUAGGGCGGUCAAGGCAAAAAAGAAGCCCACGCUCAUCCCGAUCAACUGGAUCUUUGAUAGGCCCAUCAGUGUUGUUGUACCCUAAUCCUACAUUCCUAUGUACUGUAGUAUUUUCUUCUUUCCUAUGGUACUUAUUAGUUCGUUAGUAGUAUUUUUUUCGUUCACGUGAGUUUUCUCAUUGCAGUGUUUAGGUUACUGUUGUUGUCCUAUAUGUCUAAAUGCAUGUACUGUA